AUGCCAUCCCCGAAACAGAGAAAAGUCGCCAUUGUGGGCAGCCGGUCUGUAGGCAAAUCGUCACUAGCGGUUCAAUACGUCGACGGUCAUUUUGUAGACAGUUACUAUCCAACAAUCGAAAACACCUUUAGCAAAAUAAUUCGAUACAAAGGCCAAGAGUUCUCAACUGAAAUAGUCGAUACGGCUGGACAAGAUGAAUACAGUAUCUUAAAUUCCAAGCACUUCAUCGGUAUUCAUGGCUACAUGCUAGUAUACUCUGUCUCCUCUUUACCUUCGUUUGAGAUGGUCCAAGUCAUUAGAGAGAAGAUCCUCAAUCAUCUGGGGACGGAAUCGGUCCCCAUUGUGAUUGUAGGAAACAAGAGCGAUCUACGACCUGAACAGAGGCAAGUCAGUGCCGACGAUGGAAAGAGACUAUCCGAAAAGCUGCAAUGCGGCUGGACCGAAGCGAGCGCCCGAUACAACGAAAACGUGGAACGUGCUUUUGAAGUCUUAAUAGAGCAAAUCGAGAAGUCACAGAAUCCUGGAGAACCGCCGCAGAAGAGCAACUGUCUGAUAAUGUGA